CAAAUCAAAGUCAAACUCAUGUUGGUUGAUUUGAUUAAACUUUGUGUGGUAGAUUUUUGUUGUCUUACGUGAACUUUUGAAUAUUAAAAUUAGUAGAAAAUAAUGGAAGAAAAUGUUGCAUUGGAUUCUAGCAAACAGAAACAGUUUGUCAAGUCAAUAAAAGGCAUAAAGAAGAAGUUAAUAAAAAAAAAGGCUCUGCAAUCAGAGUCUGUACAUGUGCCGAACGAAGUCAAAGAUGGAAAAUCUAAGAAACGAAACUAUAAAGAAAGAGGCCUUGUUUAUUUGGCCCAUAUUCCACAUGGAUUUUACGAGAAUGAGAUGACUCAGUACUUUAAACAGUUUGGUAUGGUCACAAAUGUGCGGGUAAUCAGGUCUAAACGAACCGGUAACUCUAAAGGUUAUGCAUUUGUUGAAUUCAAAGAGCCCACAGUUGCGCAAAUUGUUGCAGAGACAAUGAAUAAUUAUUUGAUGGGCAAAAGAUUAUUAAAAGCUGCUUACAUUCCACCUGAGAAACAGAGGCAUCAUGCUAUGAGAAAGAAAUGGAAUCCUAUCCACAAUCCAGGCAGAGAUGCUAUGAUAAAACAGAAGAAGGCAUACAAUGCUGAUAAAACAGACUCUCAAGAUUUGAAAAUAGCAAGGAAAACUCUUUCAAAUAUAAAAAAAACAAAGGAAAAGCUUCGUGCUCUAGGCAUUAAUUAUGAUUUUUUUACACCAGUUGAUGUUCCAAAUGAAUUAUUAUCUACAGUAUAUCCUAAUGAACAAAAACAAAAAUAUACUCCUAAAAUUAAUAAAAAUGAAAAGGUACAAAGUGUUGUUCAGACCAAUAAUGGUAAACAAGAGAUGAGAGCAAUUAAGAACAAAGAUAAGAAAAUAAAUAAUGAUGAAAAGAUAUCAAAAGUUGACAAAAAGCAGCAAAAACAAAAAGAGCUGAAGUUAAAAGAGAAAGGUGUGAAGCCCGUUGAAAACUUCAUUAAAGUCAAGGAAGAUUCUGAAGAUGAAUCUGAUAGUUCACUUGACUUUGAUUCAGAUGAGUAUGAAAAGCUGAUGGAGGAUGAUGAGAGCUCAUUAGGUUCACAGGAGGAAGGAAGUGAUUCUGAAGUUGCCUCUGAUGAUGAUGAUGAUGAUGAAGGAGAAACAGUUGAUGAAGAGAGUGAUGAUGAGAGUGAAGUAGAGGAACCGCCCAAAGUUCCUUUGGUUUUAAAUCCAAAUAAGCUUAAGAAUCUAGGUAAUAAAAGUGCAAAAGAUUCUCAACAAAAAAGGAAGGCAUUUUCAGUUGCAGACUCUCCAACUAAGAAGUCUAAGUUUGAGAAACAACAAAAGAAUCCACAAAUUGCGAAGAAACAAUUCAAAAAGAAGAAAUCAUUAUUGUAAUUUUAAUUACUUUUCUAAGUAUAAUAAAACAAUAAUA